AUGGACUCGUAUAAGUACCUUAAGAUCCGCUUGAACCCGGACGGCUCGCUCUACCGCUACAGGGAAGUGUGGCUCCUCCCCGCGGCACCGGCCGAGGAGCUCGUGGCGGUGGAGGACGAGCAGGGGGCACGCCGCAUUGUGGUCCACUCCAGCGACGUCCCGCUCAACGCCGCCACCUGCAUGGGCCUCCGCCUCUUCGUGUCGUCCGGGUCCGGCGGUCACGACGGCGGCCGGCUGCCGCUGGUCGUCUACUUCCACGUUGGCGGCUACGUCCUGUUCCACGCGGCCUCCGCGCCAUUCCACAACACGUGUGCGGCACUGGCCGCCGCUGCCCUGGCGAUCGUGGCGUCCGUGGACUACCGCCUGGCGCCCGAGCACUGCCUCCCCGCGGCGUUCGAGGACGCCGCCGACGCCGUGAUUAGGGGAAGUGAUACACACGUGAUGCGGGGCAGGGGGAGGCGACAACUGUGGAUCGGCGGGACAGAGGGGCGUGAUUAG